AUGGAAAAUAGCAACUCGGUUCAUAAUCCUAUUGUUCCAGGUUGUAAGCUUUUCAAAGAUGAAAAUGGAGUUCAUAUUGAUGAGAGUUUGUUCAAGCAGAUGGUAGGAUGUUUUAUGUACCUAAUAGCUACGAGACCAGAUUUGAUGUUUGCAAUGAGCUUGAUUAGUAGGUACAUGGCCAAACCAACUGAAUUGCAUUUGAUGGCAGCCAAAAGGAUACUACAAUACUUGCAAGGAACCAUUGGACUUGGAGUUUUCUACAAGAAGGGAGGGCGUGAAGGUCUAGUUGGUUAUACAGAUAGUGACUAUGUAGGAGAUGUAGAAGAUAGAAAGAGUACAUCAGGCUAUGUUUUCAUGUUGGGAUCUGAAGCUGUUGCCUGGUCUUCAAGAAAGCAACCUAUAGUCACACUUUCAACCACAGAAGCAGAGUUUGUGGCUGCAGCUGCUUGCGCUAGUCAAGCUAUUUGGAUGAAGAGAAUAAUUGAGAAGCUGAGUCUAGAAGAAAGCAAGUGUACAACAAUCUUUUGUGAUAAUUUCCACGAUUAA